AUGCAAUCAUGCUUGCAACGAUGCUGUGGCACCUCGGCACGAGCAGCUUCAAUCGAGCGACCGUUCGAAGAGGAAACGCUUCCUGGCUAUCAUGCCGAUCAAUUCCUUCCCAUUGAAAUCGGUGAGACAUUGGUCAAUCAAUACAAAGUGCUUGGGAAAUUAGGAUACGGCGCCAACUCGACCGUCUGGUUGUGCAGGGACAUCCAGUCUGUCAAGGCCGAUGACUUCGUAGCACUAAAAGUGUACACCGAAACUUCGAAUCCUCAAGCCAAUCGCGAACUGGCAGCCUACUCUCACCUCUGCACCGUCGACUCCAAGCAUUCGGGGCAAGCUCGCAUCCGUCCUCUUCUGGCUUCUUUCAACAUCCAACGAGACGAUGGACUGUACCAUCCCUGCCUCGUGCAUCCACCUUUACACAUUACCAUGUCGGAAUUACAGCGAUAUGGUGGAAAGGCCAGCCCGUUUCCCGAGGAUAUCGUGAAGCAGACACUUCAAUGCCUCUUGCCAACAUUGGACUACCUUCAUACGGAGGCGAAGAUGGUGCAUUGCGAUCUGAAGCUUUCAAACAUCAUGCUGGAAAUCGAAGAUCCGAGCGUGAUACCCGCCUUCAUCGCCUCGCAAGCCACCGACCCAGUUCCACGAAAGACCAUAACGACAGCCGAAGGUAAGACGAGAACGAUCUACGGAUCCCGCAAAUUCCGUAAACCAUCAAACGGUGCAGACUUUGGUCUGCCACUGCUCUGCGACUUUGGCGAAGCCCGAAUUGGCUCCUCCUUUCCAUUCCAGGACAUCCAGCCGGAAGUCUACAAAGCGCCGGAGAUGCUAUUGGAGAUCGGAACGUUGCGCUCUGCGGUCGAUAUCUGGAAUUUGGGGUGCAUGGUCUCACAUCUCUUCGAUGUAUACGACGAAGCAGGACAUCACAACAAUCGCGUGCAUUUGGGUGAGAUGGUAGGUCUGCUUGGCCAUCCUCCGCGGGACUUCCUACUGCGCAGCGAGCAGGCUUGGAGAGUGUUUGAUGCACAAGGCCGAUGGAAAGCUCAACCACCAAUCUCGACUGCCAAGCUGGAGGACAGACUCACACGACUCAGUGGACGCAGCAAGACUGAGUUCCUGGCAUUCUUGCGCCGUAUGCUCGUGUGGAAGCCCGAGGAGAGGAAGACGGCGAGGGAGCUUUUGGAAGAUCCAUGGCUGAAGGAGGAGUGA